AAAAAUAUAUCUUUGACUAUGGUUCCUGGGAAUGUCGGAUAACAUUCGAGGCUCUGGUCAAUGUUUUGAUGAGUGUUGGUCCUGAUGAAGAUUUGGACUUUCUGAAGAGAGAAUUCCAUGAAUUCAUCAAAGGUUUAAUUUGUUUUCCCGUCAAAUUACCAGGAACAAGACUAUAUAGAUCUCUGAAGGCCAAAGAAAGGUUACUGAAAAUGGUGAAAAAGAUAGUGGAAGAGAGGAAAUCGGCUAGGGAGAAAACGGACGAAAAGGAAAUGGCCAAGGAUGCAGUGGACGUGCGGUUACGAGACAGUGAAGAGGCAAGCGAGAAGCAAUCCCUGCCGUUGGAUUUCAUCAGUGGGAACAUAAUAGAGAUGAUGAUCCCUGGGGAAGAGAGUGUUCCCAUGGCGAUGACCCUAGCUGUCAGAUUCCUCAGUGAUUGCCCUCCACCAGUUGAUGGUACGUAUCAUACAUAAACAUUGACCUUUUUCUUCCUUCAUCCAACGGCUAGGAUUAUUUUGAUUUCAUCUGCAAAAGUGGGGAUUCCCCAAAGCCAAAAUAUUUGACUUGUUUCUUGGAAAUGCAAAAGUCUCUCUCAUGGUUCCAUAUUUUUUUUCAUUAGACACACGAGUACAUACAUGCACGGGUAAGACAGAUUGUACGUAUGGAGGGCCCAAAUUCUGUCAUAAAAUAUACCAUACUUUGGCCUGUUAGAGAGAGUACUGUUACCCCUUUUUUUACUUUUCCUUUUGUCAGUUUCAAUGGACCCU